AUGGCACCCACCCACUGGAGACAACCACCAGGAACAACAUCGCCCCUCAGCAUAUACAACUCACUCACCAAAUCCAAAGUCCCGUUCAUCCCCAAGCAUCCCAACAGAAUCACCUGGUACAACUGCGGACCAACCGUGUACGAUGCCAGCCACAUGGGCCACGCCAGGAACUACGUCACCCAAGACAUCCUCCGGAGGAUUGCCAGGGACUACUUCGGAUACCAGGUCAACUUCGUCAUGAACGUCACCGACAUCGACGACAAGAUCAUCCAGCGCGCACGCCAGCAGCAUCUGCUCGACAACUUGCGCACAGAACUCAGCACCCUCACCCAGGAACUCGUCGGCCAGGUCCGCCAGAGUUUAGAGGCAUACCAGCGGAACACCACCAGCAAACUGCUCGGAGACCAGUCCGCGGAUAUCGAACAGCUGCUCCAGAAGGCCGCCCGCGAGCCCGGAUGGAAGGCCGAGAUGGUCGCAAGGGAGGAGAAAUUCGGAAUGUGGAUCGACGCCAUGGCAGCCAGCCACAGCGCCCUCACCCGAGCUAUCGGCGCUCUAGACCAACCCACCGAGAACUCGCAGUCGGAGGCCCACCGGCUGGUCGACGGCGCCUCGGAAGUGCUCUCGAAAUGGCUCGACCAGCAGCACGGCUCGACCGUCGUCGACCACGCCAUCUUCAAGAAACUCGCCGCCUACUGGGAACGCUCCUUCUUCGACGACAUGGCCAGCCUGGGCGUCGAGCCCCCGAGCGUGCUCACCCGGGUCUCCGACUACGUGCCCCAGAUCGUCGAGUACGUCCAGAAGAUCGUCGCCCGGGGCUUUGCGUAUGCCCACGAGGGCAGCGUGUACUUCGACGUGAACGCCUUCGACGGCGCCGAGGUCAACGGCGGCGAGUUCUGCCACAGCUAUGCCAAGCUCCAGCCGGGCUCGAAGGCCAACAAGAAGCUGCUCGACGAGGGCGAGGGCGCGCUGGCGGCCGCCGACGGCAAGCGCUCGCCCGCCGACUUCGCCCUCUGGAAGAAGAGCAAGCCCGGCGAGCCCGCCUGGGAGAGCCUCUGGGGCCCCGGACGCCCCGGCUGGCACAUCGAGUGCUCCGUCAUGGCCAGCGCCGUCCUCGGCGACGCCAUGGACAUCCACUCCGGGGGCGUCGACCUCAUGUUCCCCCACCACGACAACGAGAUGGCCCAGUCCGAGGCGUACCACAACUGUCCCCAAUGGGUCAACUACUUCAUCCACACCGGCCACCUCCACAUCGAAGGCCUCAAGAUGUCCAAGUCCCUCAAGAACUUCAUCACCAUCGGCGACGCGCUGAAGCAACACUCCGCGAGACACCUCCGGCUCUCGUUUGUUGGCCAACGAUGGGACCUGGGCAUGGACUUCGCCGAGAGCGCGAUGGCCGAGGUCCGCCACCAGGAAGCGACCUUCAACAACUUCUUCGCAGUCGUCAAGGCCCUGCGGUACGAGCGGUCGGCCGAGCAGAUGAUCCAGGCGAUCGACCUGGGCGCUUCCGUGGCGGCCUCCCACCCGCUCAGCGCGACCGCCCGCUCAGACUUCCAUGCCGCGCUGUGCGACUCCUUCAACACCCCUGAGGCCAUGAAACACCUGCUCACCCUGGUCGCCGAGACCAACAAGUUCAUCUCCGCCGAGAUCGGCGCCCUCAGGGUCCAGCCCGACGGCCACAGUCUCCGCGUCGUCUCCGCUAUCGCCGCCUGGGUCAGCAAGAUGCUCCGCGUCUUCGGGCUGGCUGAGCCCGGCCCGCCGGCGACCGGCGAUCUCAUCGGCUGGAACGUCUGCGAUCCGGCCGAGCCCCAGGCGAUGGAGCACUGGAUCCAAUGGUCCUCGUUCCGCGACCGCGCUCGCAAGGCCGCCCGCGAACACAUGCUCAAGAAGCCCGCCGAUCCCGCCGCGUUGACUGAGGCCUUGAGUGCGCUCUGCCAGCAACAGUUCGAAGCCCAUCUGCGAUUGCUCAACCUCUCUCCCUCAGACCACGCCGACUCGGCUUCCUUUUUCGGCGGCCAAGACUUGCAUGUGGACCACCUGUCUGAGCCCUUGAGGAGCACGCUGGCGGGCCAUCUGCCGAUCUGGCACGCGUUCUGGACGGCGCUGGCGGAGCUCUCGCGGCCGGACGCGAUGCCGACGGCCGGCGAGGUGUUGAAGGCGUGCGACCAGCUGCGGGACGAGCGGCUGGUCGAGGUGGGGGUGGCGCUGGACGACCAAGACGACGGGAAGGCGCUGAAAAUCCUCCGCGGAAAAACACCCCCCGAGGCCCUCUUCGCCGCCGACCCCGCCUUCGCACGCUUCGACCCCAACGGCGUGCCCACCCAUGCCGCGCCCGCCGGCGAGGAACUCGCCAAGUCGCGCCGCAAGAAGCUGCUCAAGGAGUGGGAGAGCCAGAAGAAACUCCAUGCCGAGUAUCUCGCUCCACAAAAUUACCACCCUUUGUUGCGUCCUGGCCUCCUUAUUCCAUCCCAGUACAUACUUUUACUCCCCAAUCACGCCGCCUACACGCCGCGCCCAUCUCUCCACAACGGCCACGAAACAUACCUGUCUUCUGCGCCCGCCGGCUUUCGUCCCAUCCCCUGCUCCCAUGAGAACCUUGGUUCUCGAGCGGGCGCCGGAAGCCUGAUGCCGUCGCGCGGUCUGAGUGUGCCGCCGCCGCGCUUCCCUGCUGGGCCGCGCCAGCUUGGCGCCGGGUCUGGCUGGCCAACGCCGCCCAAGACCGCUCGUCUUCCGGCCCUCCGCUCGCACUCGGGGGCUUCCCACAACUGA